GAGUGCACCGCGGCAGUGUGCAUGGCGGCUCUCCUCUUCGCCACAUGUUCCGGAUAAACACCGCCCUCCCGGCUCCAGACUCCAGCUCUACCCGCACAUCAGCGCUCUGUCCCGGUGACAGAACCAGCUCCGGACCGCUCCAGACCCGGGGACUGACGGGCCUCUGUGUGUCCGAACAGAAAGCACGAUGCUGGGCGUGGAGAUCUCCGUGCUCCGGGGCUUUUUGACCCAAGCUGAAGCGGCGGAAUGGAAGCAAAGCGUGUUCAGCCUCCCAGAUGUGGGUCCUUUGUUGGAGCUGUUUUUUGAGGGCAACUUCCGAGGUGUCCUCCAGAGUCCUCUAAUCCAGGAGCUGCUGUGUGGAGACAGCGGCCAUGUUGGUGAUGGCACAGAUCUCGAGGCUCACCUGGAGAAAAGGCUGAAGAUUUACCUGGACACCGCCACCGAGCAAGACAACAGAGAGGUGGUGCUCUUGCUGCUGACCGUCUCCUGUCUGCAGAUGUUUGCUCAGAGUAACUGGACUGGACCUCCUCUGGAUGUUCAGGACUCUGAGAUCCUGCCUCCUGCUCUGCUCCAAACACAGGUGCGGGCUUCUGUCCUGUCAUCUCUGCUCAUUGAUGGGGAGUCGGUCUACCCUCUGGUGUCUAACCCUCUGCUCCUGCUCCUGUCCAGGGUCCUCCUGACCCGGGUGCUCCACUCUGGGUCUCUAAAGCUGGUCUCGUGGUGGACUCUGCGUUACCUGUCGCUCCAUCAGCAGAUCCUGGAGGCCUGUUCUCCUCAGCUCCUGUCUCUGGCCCAAAGCUCCAUCAGAUCAGUGGAGGAGAGCAGGUCGUCUCUGGAGGCACAUCUGAACUUGCAGGUGCAGUUCCAUCUCGAGUGUGUCUACAUAAACCUGAGCUAUUACGAGUAUUCAGAGGCAAAGGAGCACGUGAGGAGAUCCCAGGAGCUGUCGGGGUUGUCUGUGAACCUCACCGGGGCUCUUGGAAAACGGACACGGUUUCAACAGAAGAGUUUAGCUCAGCUCAUCCUGGAAGUGAAGAGAACCAACGAGCGAUCUGAUUGGACCAACAGUGACACAAGCCCCGCCCCCACACCUGUCAGUCUACUGCCAAAGGACUGUGCUCUGAACGAUGACACUCGUUUGGAGAAAAUAAAGCUGGAGGAUCCGGACGAGUUCCAACUCCCAGAUCUGAGCCCCGAGGAGCAGGCUGUGGUCCUAGGACUGUGCACAGACUUCCAGAAGAACAAUCCUCUGCACAAGCUGACGGAGGAGGAGCUGCUCGCCUUCACCUCGGCGCUGUUGUCUCGGCCUCAGAUUUUCUCGUUGGAGGUUUCUGCUCUGAGCCUCAGGACCAAACUGGAGCGAGGACAGAGGAGAUGUGUGGAGAGAGCCAUGAUGCAGACACAGGCUUUGGUGAAUUAUUUUGAGGAGACGAACUGCCCAGUGUCUGAGCGCCUCAAGAUGUUCUACGUGUGUCGACCCCCAACCAGGUGGAACAUACAGAAAACCCUUGCCUCUCUCCUGAUGGACCUGGGUUGCACCAGCUCGGCUCUGCUCACCUUUGAGAAGUUGCAGAUGUGGGAAGACGUGGUCAUCUGCCACGAGAGACUGGGACAACACGGGAAGGCAGAGGAGAUUGUGCGCAGGGAGCUGGAGAAGCAGGAAACCCCAAGUCUAUGGUGCCUCCUGGGGGACAUCCUGAGGGAGCACCAGUACUACGACCGGGCCUGGGACCUGUCAAAACACCGCAGCGCUAGAGCAAUGAGGUCCAAGGGGCUGCUCCACCUGCAGCAUAAGGAGAUGGAGCAGUGCGUCCGGUGCUUCGAGGAGUCGCUCAGGAUUAACAGAAUGCAGUUGGGGCUGUGGUUCUCUUUGGGCUGUGGUUACCUCACUCUGGAGAACUAUGAAGGAGCAGCGCUGGCGUUUCAGUCAUGUGUCUGCAUCGAACCAGACAACGCAGAGGCCUGGAACAACCUGUCCACUGCCUACAUCCGCCUGAAGAAAGACUACAAGGCCUUCCUCACCCUGCAGGAGGCGCUCAAGUGCAACUAUGAGUCGUGGCAGAUCUGGGAGAAUUUUCUGUUGGUGAGCACCAACAUCGGAGCCUUCAACGAUGCCAUCAGAGCGUACCAUCGUCUCAUGGAUCUGAGGGAUGCGUAUAAGGACACAGAGGUUCUGGAGUACCUGGUGCGUGCUGUUGUAAAGGACCUGCCUGACAGACAGGGGGCACCCUCUUCUGCACUGAAGCCCAAACUGAAAGAGCUGUUGGGCAGAGUGAGCGCACGGCACAGUGGGGACCGAGCUGUGUGGACGCAGUACGCUGUGCUGUACGGAGGGGGCGCUACUGAGAACAUAGAAGACAAUGAGAAGGCUCUUCAGUUUCUGUCCAAAGCUCAUCGCUGUGAACUGCAGAGCUCUGACUGGCACCAGGACCCUUCACUGUUCAAGGGAGUCCUGCAGAGGGCGCUGUGCAUGGGGCAAGUGAGUGUGUCUGUGGCUCGGUCUAAGUCGAGUCCAGCUGAAGCUCUGCAGGUUCUGUCCUCAAGUCGUCUCAGUCUCAACAGUCUGCUCUCCAAGGCCAAGCAAAACCACAAGGACGUAGCCACAGGAGAGAUUCACUCGGAGAUGAAGGAAGAGGUCCAGACUUUGGAAAAUCUCAUCAAAGAAAUUCAGGAAGUGAGCGCCGCCCUCCGGAGCCAAUCAUAGUGAAGCUACACAGACAACAACCAAUGCUGGACAGACCCUAAUGUCCACAGCCAAUCAGACAACAGCUUACUGACCAACCAGGAAGUGAAAGACUUGGAGACCAAUCACAGCCAAGCUUACAGUCCAGCUGUGUGAUGUGAGGAUCUGAAGUCUGGGGGUGGAACUUGUAUCACUCACGUAUGAGUGCCAGUUUCUUCAGUGGAUCAGAUUAUGUUUUGAACAGACUCAUGAGGAACUAUGGAAAUACAAGAGACAUUAGAAUACGAAAUAUGUUUACACCAUCAUGGAUAAAGAUAAAGAUGAGUUAUAAAAGUACAUUUGUGAGUUUUAACAAAUUAACUUCAACUUCAAGGCCCUGUCCAGUUUUUUCCACAUAUUUCUGCAAAAUGUGUUUUGUCCCAGUACAGAUAUAUUAUAAGCAACUCUUGAGUUCAAAAUAAGCCUGUGUACUGUCUGCAUCCAAUUAUAAAGCAUUUUAUUAUAGGAAGUGCUUGUUAGCAUGCUAGUUGUUGCUAGCUUUACUUUACUCUCUGAGAGUUGUGAAGCUCUUACAAACUCAUCAUGGUGAAUAAUUAGAAUGCUCAGAAUGCAUAAGGUAAGUGAGGAGUAACUUUGGUUUCUGUUUUUCACGUUUUUUUAAGAUGAUAAAUCUGAAACGGUGCCUUGCCAGAUACAGUGGUCAGUGCUGUACAUUUUAAAAUCACAGUAUCAGUUUCAGAGACAUUAGCAAGACGGAUAUUAGCUCAAAAAAUCCCUAUCCCGUUGCUUUGGUUCCAACCUGCAGAGCUGGUUUUAUGGUGACUUAGACCCGCCCACCUUCUCUUCCUAUUGGUCAGCCUCUGUCAUGAAUGAGUGACAGGUGGGUUUAACCAAUCACAGAGAAGAAUUAACUCUCAGAAGUAGCGGUUUCCUCUUUAGGGUGAUAGAAAGGGCACAAAAAUGUGAUCAAAUUAAGGUUGUAAUAUUUUCUGUCUGGCUGAAUCACCACAAAGUGAAGUUUCAUGAGGGAUUUUAUUUUGGGGAGAAGGCAGACUUUACUUUAGAGGGUUCCAGUUUUCACCUUAUGUUUGUUAUAAUCAAUUAUGUUUUUUAUACCUCUGUAAUGAACUGGCCACAAAAGUAAAUAUUUUAAAUUCUU